UCAUAUAUAAGGCAUCAGGAUCCUUUUUCACACAACACUACUGGAUCCUUUUUGACACAACACUACUGGUUUGAAGUUUUCGACAAAUGAGUGAUGAUGUGUUUUGUGUUUGUCGUUCAUGGUUUGGCUUUUGUUGUUCAUGUCAAUUUGAACAACUUGUGAUACACAGCAUCUGAGCUGCUGUUUGUCACUCAGGGGACAAUAAUGCUCGGCUUUGUGGACACCAAAUCGAGACUCCGUGUGAAUGUGCUUAAACCAGGUGAUAUCGCGCUUAUCCCUCAAGGGUGGUGGCAUUUCCACAUGAACAUUGGCAAGGAAGCCUGCCAGUCACUGUCUGCUUUCAGCAGUGAGGAGGCGGGAGUAAUUGUAACCCAUAGUGCCUUGCUCACUGUGCCAGAUGCUGUCCUUCGUGCGACUACGGGAGUUACACUUGUCAACACCAGAGUAUCAAAUGACACAGCAACACUCUACAAGAUGCUCUUCGACGGAGGAUCCCUAUCGCGCACACUCAGCUCUCUUGCCAGCGACCAUCACCCUGUCAGCUCAGCUUCUGCACUGAUCUGCCCAGAUCCUGCAUUCAGUCGCAGCGAUCCGGCGCGCGAUCGUGCAAAGCCCCAGUAGACCCAUCAAAGCUGUUCGACUCGCUGAUCACCACCAAAGCCUAGCCUGUGUGGCCACUCCUCCAAGCGAGUUGGCACUUAGCAUGAGAGAGAGCAAAAAUGGUGCGCUUACGAGAAUUGUAGUUGCGGAGGAAGCAGAGAAGGUAUGCCAAAGAGAGAGAGAAAAGAGGAGAGGGAAGGGAGAGGGAAGAGAGAGCUCGUAGGGGCCAUGUUGAUCGGACCAAAGUGAUCGUAGCCAAAUGGAUCGCACAGUGAGGGGUCAGAGCGUCUCAACACGCUGCUCGCCGACUUCUACGGUCACUUGGGAGUCAAUUUGGCAAGACCCUUUUCUGAGUGUGGACGAAGGUGAUAAAAGAGAUUACAAGAG